UCACCCCUUCGCUCUGCAGCUCUCCAAGAGGUAGAUCCACUUUUUCGAAGAAGGGGACCAACCAUGCAGGACUCAGGUGGUGGUGCAGCCAAUACAGGCGGUGAGAUGGGCCAAGCUGGUGCAGCGGGCGACCCCAGAAACCCCAGGGACGCUGGAGCCUGGGGCGGAGAAGGAGCAGAGGGUGCUGUGGCUGAGGGCCCUCACCCGGUGGAGGGGACAUUCCAGGCUGCCUCGCAGGAUCCAGGGCCGAGUGGGGAGACUCUGGAGGCGGCCGCGUCCUCGGAAGGAGCCCCAGAAUGCAGAUUGCAGGAAUUCGCCCUCGUGGUGCCCUUCCUGACCUUCAUGGAGGCGGAGAUGGCCCGGUGGUAUCUGGCCCCAGGAGUGGAACCCCUCGGCGGGGCAGUUCACCGGGAGUUCACUGUGAUAGGCAAUGACUUGUUCAUCUGCUUAAGUGCUGAAAACUCUGUCCUCCUCCAAAUUUCCGUGGCCUCCCUGCUCAACCAGCUUUCGGUGGUGGCGCAGACUGUGCGCCGCUGCGUAUCCCGGUUCAUCGCUGAGCCUCGGCUGGGAAAGGGCCGUUAAGGCACAGCGGCGAGUCCCUUCCAGGGCUGGGAGGCCCCAGUGAUUCCUGUAGUAGCUGCCUCUUGACUUGGUGGGACCGGCUGUUCGUCUGCCUGGACUGGCCCUUGAGUGCGCUCUCCCCGCGUGUUUGGAUUGGUCUGUACAUGUUUGUUUACUG